AUGAGUUUAUCCAAGCCUGCAGGGCCCAAGGGCCGGAAAUAUUGGCUCGACAAUCUGAGAGUCGUCAUGACGACUAUUGUCAUCAUCAACCACACAGGAGCAGCCUACGGUGGCGGCGGAGGGAAUCAUCGAGGAAGUUUCGCCAAAACAUCGCCAAUUCUAUUGCCUUACGUCGCUUUUCACUAUGCCUAUGGCCUUGGACAAUACUUCUGGCUUUCGGGCAACUUGACGGCCAAAUCACUCUCCAAGGGCUCAUGGACCGAGUUCGUCAAGAGUAAACUGCUGAGGCUGGGCCUGCCGUCGCUUCUCUAUUCCGUCUUCCUUGAACCGCUGCAAAAGAUCGCUACAGGGCCUGGAGAUCUCCGUGAGAAUUUGAAGAAUUAUUGGAGGGCGGUGCUUGACCAUAAGGGCUGGAAAGCUCCUGGAGGCGGGACCGUUUGGUACACCAUGACGCUGCUUAUGUUCGACCUUUGCGCUGUUCUUCUUACGCGCUGUCUGCGUUUAUUCAAGGCUAAGGGAGCUGGUUCUUCAGAGUUCCUCAGCGUGGCCAAGAUUUACGGGCAUAUGUGUCGCUGGGGAUGGCUGGUAAGUGCUGGAACAAGAUUCCUAGUUAGCACCAAGUUCCCCAUGGGCACGGGUCUCCCCAUCAUUCACGUUCAGCCGUAUUUCCUGCCUCAGCACAUCUAUGGCUACGUGCUGGGCUACAUGGCCUCUGUUUUGGGCAAGUCACGAAUGACGAGCUUGUAUGAGAAAAACUCUGGUCCGCUUGGCAAGCUGUCCUUGGCUAAGGCUAGUGCCAUCUCUUUGGCCUUGAUACCAGUUGUUAUGAUCCCCAGCUUUCUACGAGACAGGAAGGCCACCAAGAAAGAGGAUGAUGGCAAGGAUACGAGUCCUCCUACUCAAGGGGGCAUGCAACUGUCGGGAUGGACUGCAGACGCCGCACUCUUUGCGCUCUGGAACGAGUUCACAUUCGCGACGGUCGGGCCUGCUUUUAUGUCUCUGUGGGAGCACAACUACAACAAACCGGGAAAGCAGAGGCUGUGGUCACCUCGUUAUGCUUACGCCGCGUAUCUACUUCAUUCGCCCAUAUCGUGGUUUGUUGACCGGGGUUUGUACGCUGCCAUGUGUAGAGGAGAGAAGAGACCAGCUUGGAUGGAUUCCGAGUCUUGGCAGAACUUCGGACCUGUGGUUAUGACGGCAACGGCGGGCUAUAUCGAGGUUGCGGCUGCCUUUGGGGCAGGUAUGCUCUUGAUUGAUUAUGUACCGGGUGCAGGUUCUAUUCUUUAA